AGGUAGGGCACAGAGGAAGGGUACGUUUAUAAUUGGAGCGAAACAAAAAACCCUAGCCUGCUCUGGCUUAAACCCAAAAGUUGCAGAGUCCUCACUCUUUCUGGGUAGCAAGUAGCAACGCAAACUCAGAUAUGGUUUGGUUUCAAUGCGAAGAUUGCGGAGACAACCUCAAAAAGCCCAAGUUGUCUAGUCACUUCCGAACUUGCUCUGCCUACAAAUUGUCGUGCAUUGACUGUGGGGAAAUAUUUGGGCGUGAUACCGUUCAGGAUCACACGCAGUGUAUCACAGAAGCGGAGAAAUAUGGACCAAAAGGCCAAGGAAAAACUUUUAACGUUGCAACUGCCAAGCCUAAUAAGGAUAGCAAGCAAAGGCCUGAAGUUGAUAUUAAUGUGGGGUUAUCUGAUCGGCCUCCUUGGUUCUGUAGUCUCUGCAAUACGAAAGCUACAAGUAAGCAAACACUUCUUCUCCAUGCGGAUGGAAAGAAACACAGGGCAAAGGCUAGAGCAUUCCAUGCUUCAAAGCAACCACCAGUCGAGGCAGACAAAUCUGCCACUGAUGCAAAGGUUGCUGUGGAGAUUGCUCCUAAUGAUGAGGUGAGAGAUGACAAAAUUGGAGAGCUGCCAAAACUGCAAGAAUCUUCUAAACAAAAUAACUCAAAACCAGGGAAUGAAAUUUCAUCAGCAAAGAAAAAGAGGAAACUUGAAGCAUUGGAGGAUGACCUUAUUAAGAAAACCAAGAAUGACACUUCAGUUGACAUGGGAAAUGGAGAAGUAAUUCAGGGUGAAGAGAGCAAUUUCAAGAAAGAAGGGAGUGCUGUCAAAAAUAAAAUUAAAUGGAAGAAGUUCAUUAAAUCAGCCUUGAAAUCUCAUCCUGAUGGAAUUUUGAAGAUGAAGAAACUGAGAAAAGUUGUCCUCAAAGCACUGCAGGAAUCUGGCAUUGCAGUGGAUGAUGAAGCUGAAUUGAGUGAGGCGCUUGAGCAGAAGAUCAAUUCCAGCUCCAGAUUUGCAGUUGAGAACAAGUAUGUGCGACUGCUGGCCAAAGAUUGAACACUCUAGUUAGAGUUCUUUUGACUUGAAAUCCAUGCAAUUUUUCAUAAUUCUCUUGUUGCUUGGUAGACAAUUCAUUCAUACAAAAAAUUCCCCAUAUAGAAAGUUUGUGAACGAAUACUUCAUUGUUGCUUUGCGCAAAAACAUUCAAUUAUUAUCUUGUAGAAAAACCAAAGAAAAUAUCAUCAGGGAGAUCCGUUUGGUUAUUAUGUUGAAUUACAAGCAAUGAGUUGUAGAAUCUGCAGUACGUGGUUCUGAAAUCUUAUGUGACCUUAUUCUCCUAUGUGACCUCUUUUAGACGAGUUUAAUAAUCAAGUUUUACUUUUCAAUA